UUUAUCAGAAUUCCCCGCAGGUUAGAUGUGAACCUGCUUGGUUUAAUCGGCUACAAACCUUAUUAACUGUUGAUAUCGCCUCAAGAGAACUGCGACAAAAAAUGCCACAUAUUAAAAACUAUUAUUUUGACUUUUCUCCCCUG